UAUUUUUAACACAUAGUCAAUAUACAAAACUCAAACGGUGUCUGAUAUAUAUAAUAGAGAAGGACUGAGAAGAAGCACAAAGCCAAGCAGCCAUGGCAUUCUACCUUCUCCUGGCUCCUCUGCUGUUGAUGGCCAAAGCUUCUGCUCAGCCACACUUCAUCGCUCACUUUUGCAAUGACAGCGCUCGUAGCUUCACAGCCAACAGUACCUUCAAGACCAAUCUUCACCAUGUUCUCUCCUCCAUCACCACCGACAAAAAACUCAGCUACGGCUUCUACAGAUUCUCUCAUGGACAAGGCUCUGACAUAGCCAAUGCCGUCGGUGUUUGUAUACCCGACAUCAAGCUUGAAUCGUGUCGAAGCUGCCUCAACCACUCUGUUCAUCUUCUAACGAAGCUCUGUCCUAACCAGAAAGAAGCAAUUGGAUGGUAUGAAAAUUGCUUCCUGCACUACUCAAGUCGACCCUUGUCAAACCAAAUGGAUAUUAAGCCAAUUUUCAGGACUCAAUCGACAGAAAACGCAACGAACACAGCUCGGUUUAUUCCGAGGCUAAGAAUCUUGUUGAAUAGUCUGAAAAGCAGAGCUUCUUUAGGUGAUUCUCUACACAAAUAUGCAGCUGGAAAUAUGUCAAGUUCAGGGCUGGAAACAAUUUACGCUCUUGUCCAAUGCCUACCUGAUUUAACUACACAACAAUGUGACGAUUGCUUGUCUUCCAUUUUCAAGAAAUUCCCAGAUUGUUGCAGCCGAUCCGCUGGGAUUUUCACCCCCAGCUGCAUGGUGAAUUAUAAACCAACCCGCUUCUUUGACAAUACUAGGCCAACACUGCCGCCAACUCCACCAUUGAUGGCAAUAUCUACAGCCUCAUCGACCAGUAACGAAACUCGGGCAGUAGGGACAAAGAAUGUGAACACCAGAGUUCAUAUUGUGAUCAUAAUGGUUCUGUCGGUACUUUCUUGCUGGAUUUUGAUAAUCUGCAUCUACAUGUUUCUGAGAUCCAGGAGGAUUGAGCAGAGAGUUGAGACUAAUUAAUCUCUUCUUCUUGUUAUAUUUAAUUCAUUAUAGUUGACUUCAAUUCCAAGGUUGACUUUAAAUCCGGCGAAUAAUCAAGCAGAAUGGAAAUUUGACUUUUUUUGCUUCUAAUAACGGUGGUUAACGUGAGGCUUGUUUGGAAUAAUGCAACAAAA